UCCAGCCACAUCUUCCUGGUGCUGAGACCUGGGCCCCUCCCACCCCUCUAGACCCCUUUCCCCUCCUGGGGCUCUGAGCUAGAGGAAGCUGGAACUGCUGGGGAGGGGUAAGGUGGGGAGGAAGAUUACAAAACUGGAGGAGUAGGCAGAGAAAGUAGGAAGAGCCUGGUCCAUGCUCUGCCCAGACGUGCUGUGUGGCCCUGGCUGAGUCCUUCCCAUCCCGGCCUCAGUUUCCCCAUCUGUGCACAGAGGAGGCUGGUCUGGGUGGUCCCUCCUGAUGGGACUGGCCAAGGGCAAGUGAUCCUCAGACUCGAGUCCCCUAGCUACAGACUCUCUCCACCGCAGAGGUGGCUGUGGGUAAAUCUUUAACUAGCUAGCCCUGGGUAGGCCCAGCCUUUCCGGAUGGAUGGCUGCCUGGGAAGGGGGGGAUGAGGGUGGAGGAUGGAAGGUGUGUAUAGCCAGUCCCAGUGUGGUGAAGGGGAGGGUACUGGGGAGGGAAAAGAACGAGACUCGGGCGGAGCUAACCCGUGUGCAAAGCAGAACAUGGAGGAACGCGGGUCCCCCGACGGGUAAGUACAGAUUUAGGGAGGUUCAAGGAGCCGCUGGCGCAGGGAUGGUUAACUCGCGUUGCUGCCACAGGGACCCCGCGCGGAACCUGGAGCAGGGACCAGAGGGGCCAGAAACGCCCAUCCAGGUGGUGCUCAGGGUGCGUCCCAUGAGCGCGGCGGAGCUGCGUCGAGGGGAGCAGAGCGUGCUGCACUGCUCAGGGACCCGGACUCUGCAGGUGAGGACCUCCCACGCACUCCCCCAAAAACACCUACCGGGAAGAUGCCAGGUCCCUCCAGGCCAAUUUCCCCCAGGCCCCGCACUCCCCCAGGUGAGCCCCGCCCUCCCCAGAGUGCCCCGCCCCCUUCUCCACGGCCCCCUCUCCCAGGUGAGCCCCCCGGGCGGGGGCCCCGACGUGGCGUUCCGCUUCGGCGCAGUGCUGGACGGGGCGCGCACGCAAGAAGACGUGUUCCGGGCCUGCGGCGUGCGGCGCCUGGGCGACCUGGCGCUGCGCGGCUUCUCCUGCACCGUCUUCGCCUUCGGCCAGACCGGCUCUGGGAAGACCUACACCCUGACCGGACCUCCUCCCCAGGGGGAGGGCGUGCCCGUACCCCCCAGCCUGGCCGGCAUCACGCAGAGGACCUUCGCCUGGCUGUUGGACCGCGUGCAGCACCUCGGUGCCCCUGUCACUCUCCAUGCCUCCUAUCUGGAGAUCUACAAUGAGCAGGUCCGAGACUUGCUGAGCCUAGGGGCUCCCCAGCCCCUCCGUGUUCGCUGGAACAAGACGCGGGGCUUCUACGUGGAGCAUCUUCGGGCGGUGGAGUUUGGGAGUCUGGAGGCCCUGAUGGAACUUCUGCAAAUGGGUCUUAGCCGUAGAAGGAGCUCAGCUCACACCAUGAACCAGGCCUCCAGCCGAAGCCAUGCCCUGCUCACACUAUACAUCAGCCACCAAACUAUGCCGCCUGUGGAUCCCGGGGAACCCCCUGCCGGGGGGAAGCUGUGCUUUGUAGACCUGGCUGGCAGUGAGAAGGUGGCAGCCACAGGAUCCCGUGGGGAGCUGAUGACUGAGGCCAACAGCAUCAACCGCAGCCUGCUGGCCCUGGGUCACUGCAUCUCCCUGCUGCUGGACCCACAGCGGAAGCAGAACCACAUCCCCUUCCGGGACAGCAAGCUCACCAAGCUGCUGGCGGACUCGCUGGGGGGGCGUGGGGUGACCCUCAUGGUGGCCUGCGUGUCCCCCUCAGCCCAGUGCCUUCCCGAGACCCUCAGCACCCUGCGAUAUGCAAGCCGAGCUCAGCGGAUCACCACUCGGCCCCAGGCCCCCAAGUCCCCUGUGGCAAAGCCACCCCAGCAUCUGGACACUGAGCUAUUGCAGCUCCAGGAGGAGAACCAUCGCCUGCGGUCCCAACUGGGCCAAAUGGACCCCAAAGCCUCUGGACUCACUGCGGCCCGGGUGUCCUGGGCUCAGCGGAACCUCUACGGGAUGCUGCAGGAGUUCAUGCUGGAGAACGAGAGGCUCAGGAAAGAGAAGAGGCAGCUGCAGAGCAGCCGGGACCUGGCCCAAGAUGAGCAGCGCAUCCUAGCUCAGCAGGUCCACGAGCUGGAGAGGCGCCUCCUCUCUGCCUGCUACCUUCCCCAGCCGGGCCCUGGCCCAGCCCCACCGUGUCCCUGUGUGAUGGUGCCACCUGCCCCCUGCCACGCCCUGCCGCCUCUCUGCCCCUGCCCCUGCUGCCACCUCUGCCCCCUGUGCCAAGCGCCACUGGCCCUCUGGGCCUGCCCACGGAGGGAGCUCCACCUGCCCCAGGUGUUUGGCUCUAAGGCCCCAGCUGACAUGCCCCUGUCUGCCCGGCCCCCACCCUGGGUGCCCCCAUGUAGCCCUGGCUCUGCCAAGUGCUCAAGAGAGAGGAGUCACAGCGACUGGAUUCAGACCCAGGUCCUGGCAGAAAUGCUGACCAAGGAGGAAGUGGUACCCUCUGCACCUCCCCUGCCCAUGGGGCCCCUGAACACAUCGCCAGUGCUUAGAGGUGGGGCUGCAGUUCCAAACCUGGCCCGGAGACUGGAGGCCCUCAAAGACCAAAUUGGCAGCUCCCUUGGACGUGGCCGGAGCCAGCCACCCCCCAGUGAAGGCACUUGAAGCCCCAGGCCGGAGCCAGCCACCCCCAGCGAAGGCACUGGAAGCCCCAGCUGGGUCCUCCCUUCCUGCUGAGGGCAAAGUGCGAACCCAGGAGACCACCAUGUGACCUAGAGCUGUGCUCUGCACUCCUGGGCCUCAGUCUCCCCAUCUGUUAAAUGGGUUAUAGCAGCUGCUGCUCCAGUUUGCAGCUGGGCUGGGCGGAAGGCAGUUCCUGAGGCAUGGGGGUGGGGGCUGAUGGGGCAGUCUGGGCAAGCAAAGGGAGGGUGCCAGCCUAGACCAGGAGAAAUGAGACCGGAUUCAGGAGAAACCAGGUAG